AGCAUUCUGCACAGGACACAAUGUAACAUACCAGGGUUAUUCUUCAUUUUGUACACCUGCUACAUGAGAGGUGAUGGAUCGAGUCACAUCAUCUGAUCGAGUGAACUAUGGCGCUGUCCUCGCGCUGGCGGUGAUCAGCUUUAUGCUGCUGCGAAAAUGGAUAGCUGGUGGUGUCUGCAAAAGCUGUGCUCGUUUGGAUGGAAAAACAGUUGUGAUCACUGGUGCCAACACAGGGAUUGGCAAGGAAACUGCAAGAGAUAUGGCUCAUAGAGGGGCUCGGGUAAUCAUGGCCUGCCGUGACCUGACACGUGCUGAGAGUGCUGCCGAAUAUAUUCGUCGCUCCACAGGAAAUGGCAAUGUAGUCAUCAGACACUUAAAUCUAGCCUCUCUCUAUUCUGUCCGAGAAUUUGCCAAAGAGUUCAUAGCCACAGAAGAACGACUGGAUAUACUCAUCAACAAUGCAGGUGUGAUGAUGUGUCCAAAGUGGAUCACAGAGGAUGGCUUUGAGACACAGCUGGCUGUCAAUCACUUGGGACAUUUUCUUCUGACCAAUCUACUAUUAGGAAUGCUAAAGAGAUCCUCCCCCAGCCGCGUAGUGAAUGUGUCCAGUGUUGCACAUGUUGGUGGUAAGAUUGAAUUUGAUGACCUUUUCUUUGACAAAAGGCCUUAUAGUCCUUUGGUCAGCUAUAAACAGAGUAAGCUGGCCAAUGUGCUUUUCUCCAAAGAACUUGCACGAAGAACGAAAGGUACAGGAGUUUCCUCAUACUGUCUGCAUCCAGGAGUGAUUCGAACAGAGCUGAAUCGCCAUAUUCUCUUAUGGUACCCCAUGCUGAAGACUAUACUGUCUUUGCCCAGUAUGCUGCUGAUGAAAACUCCCUGGCAGGGCGCACAGACCUCCAUCUACUGCGCUGUCACCGAAGGCUUAGAGAGGAAGUCUGGCUGCUACUUCAGUGAUUGUGCUGAAAAAUACCCUGCUCCAGAAGGAAAAGAUGAUGCAGUGGCAAGAAGGUUGUGGGAGGAAAGUGCUCGACUGGUCGGACUAAACAACCAGCACUGACACUCUUCCUGAUUGCAAGCGCUCCCCCUAGUGGUGAUACCUGUGACCCAAAACUUUAUAGUUAGCAGAACCACAGAAAGGAAGUCAUGGCACAGCUAGUGCCAAGGCAAAUUACAUGAUUUGCAUCGGGUCGGGAGAUGCAUAUUUGUCAGCAUUGUGUGUGUGUGUGAUUCUUGGAAUAGGAUUUUCAAGAAAAAAACAUAGAUGUGUGGCUGUGUUUUCUUUGAAAUUGAUCACAUUCUUAUAAAUUAGAUGUGGACCACUUUAGGGAAAGAGCAAGAAGCAAUUUGUGCUCUGUUUGUUAACCAUCCAUCAAUGAGUUAUGCUUUUUCAAAAUCUGUGUUCUCAGGAUUCAUUCAUGAUGACAUGAUGGUGCCCAGCACAUUGUGCCUAACAUAUCAGAACAAACUCCUGUUAAAUUCUUUAAAAAGAAACUAGAGGUUACAUUGUGUCCAGUAUGUUCAUAUCUAAUUACGUGUAUAGAUUAUAUUUGUUAUAAUUUAUAUAAUUUAACCACUAGAUGGCGAUAAAUGUGUGUUUUUGGAAACAUGGCAUGCUAUGCAUUUCCCCCUACUUAAAUGAUGAUACAACAAAAGAAGCAGACCCUGGAUCACAUGAACACCAUGAUGUGGUUGUAGGUUACAGUUGCAUUUAUGUAACAAGGACACUAAAAUCAAUAUAAAACAUUCUGAUAUUUUACAUUCCGAUAUUUCCCCCCCCAAUUAUUAACAUAUUAACAGUGAAAAAUCCUAAGUUGCUUGGUUAUGUUGUGGCUGUAAAAAAAAUAAAUAAAUAAUUUUGGCCAUUU